AAUUCCAAACUAUAGGAAGAAAAGAAUCACAGAAAUGGCCGUGGAGGUCAAGAAAUUGCUACUAUUAAUCAUCUCCUUAGGAUCGAUCAUCUCCUUCACUGUAGCAAGGGCAAGCAACAUCAGCUGGUGGUGCAGUAAAACGCCGCACCCUGGGCCGUGUGAGGACUUCCUGCAUCACUACCCGUCCCACCAUCGACCAAACCACCUACCUGAGUUUAGGAACAUAUUGAUCCAGAUAGCCUUGGAUCAAGCCCUCACCGCACAUAAACGCAUUGCAGAAUUUGGAGACAACUGCACAAGCAAAUACCAGAAGGUUGCAUGGUCAGAUUGUGUCAAACUCUACAAUAACACAAUCUUUCAGAUGAGCCAAACCAUAGAAGGACUCGAGAAGAAUAGAUCCACUGGGUUUGAUGCGCAGACUUGGCUCAGUACAGCGCUGACAAAUCUCCAAACAUGUCAGAGAGGAUACAUGGAUCUAAACAUCUCCGAUUUCCUCGAACCCAUCAUGUCUGACAACUUGACAUACUUGAUUAGCAACAGUUUGUCUAUCAAUGGGGCCUUCUUGCCUCCCAGGAAUUUCACGCCUCAAGUGUUUCCUAGUUGGCUUACAGUACAAGAAAAGCGGCUUCUGGUUUCUACGUCUCUGAAAUCUAUAGCAAACCUUGUGGUGGCCAAAGAUGAUACCGGAAAUUUCACGACGGUGCAGGCUGCCUUGGAUGCGGCAGCGUCGAGGAGCUCUACAGGACGGUUUAUCAUCUAUGUAAAGAGAGGUGUUUACAAGGAGAAUAUCGAGGUUGCGAAUGGCAACAAUGAUAUUAUGAUUGUUGGUGACAGUAUGGGGAGCACCAUAAUCACAGCUAGUCGGAGCACCCAAGGUGGUUAUACAACCUAUAGUUCUGCUACUGCUGGAAUUGAUGGACUUCGCUUCAUAGCACGGGACAUAACCUUUAGCAACAUGGCGGGUCCGACAAAUGGCCAAGCAGUAGCUCUCCGUUCAGCCUCCGAUCUCUCGGUCUUCUUCCGAUGUGCCAUCCAGGGAUACCAAGACACCUUAAUGGUUCACUCUCAGCGCCAAUUUUACCGAGAAUGUUACAUCUAUGGCACGAUAGACUUCAUCUUCGGUAACGCUGCUGUAGUCUUCCAAACGUGCAACAUCUUUGUUCGCAAACCCUUAACGGGACAGGGCAACAUGAUCACAGCACAAGGCCGUGGCGAUCCUUACCAGAACACCGGUAUUGUCAUCCACAAUUGUCAAAUUCUACCUGACCCCGCCUUCAAACCGGUGGUCAGCUCGUACCAAACAUACUUAGGGAGGCCAUGGCAGCAAUACUCGAGGACGGUCAUCCUCGAGACUUAUAUCGAUAGCAUGAUUAGUCCGGAAGGCUGGUCACAAUGGGGCAACUCUACCUUUGCUCUAGACACCCUGUACUACGGAGAAUAUGGAAACACCGGGCCCGGUGCUUCUACGAAAUCAAGGGUCAAGUGGAAAGGCUUCCAUGUGAUAACUAGCCCUAGUGUGGCGUCUGGUUUUACCGUUAGUAAUUUUAUCGCCGGUAGCUCUUGGCUACCGGCGACAGGAGUGCCGUUCACCGCUGGCCUCUAAUGCAUGUAUAAUGAGUGGAGCAGUACUAUUUGUUAUUAUUUUUGUUGAUUAUAUUUGAUUGUUACUUAUUUUUUGUAACAUUCAAUUUAAUACAAACUAUUGUAAAAU